AUGUCCAGUCGCCGCCGCCAAGUCCAUUUCAACCCCUCCGCAGCGUCAUGGAUCACGACAUCCGCACCGUCAGCGCACAUUUUCCAAUUCCACAGGCGUCUGCCCCGAUAUGAGCCCACCCCGCUGAUAAGCCUCCCCGACGCCGCUCGGGAGAUUGGCGUAGGACAGAUCCACGUCAAGAGUGAGGCUGACCGUCUCGGUCUGCCCUCAUUCAAGAUCCUCGGCGCAUCAUGGGCUACCUUCCGCUCUCUUGCGGAGAAGCUAUCCCUGCCUCUCGAUUCGAGGAUCGAGACGGUUAGAGACGCUGCUGCUGCUGCUGCUGCCAGCUCUUCCUCCGGCUCCGAGUUCAGGGUCUACUGUGCCACGGAGGGGAACCAUGGCAGGGCUGUCGCGAGGAUGGCGAGCAUCCUGGGCGUGGCCGCGGAGGUGCAUGUCCCCGGCCAUGCGCACCCUGUCACAGUUGAGCUUAUCCGCUCUGAGGGCGCCACCGUGGUUGUGUCGAGGGGAAACUACGACGAUGCCGUUCUCGAGGCGACGGAGGCUUCCGCCAAGAAUGAGUCUGGUAUCCUGGUUCAGGACUAUGCUUACGGUGACUAUCUCCAGAUCCCACAGUGGAUUGUGGACGGGUACCUUACCAUGAUGUGGGAGACUGACGAGCAGCUGGGCGGGAUGCGGGCGGAUCUGGUCGUUGCGCCCGUCGGCGUGGGAUCUUUUGCUCAGGCCGUUGUCUCGUACUUUAAGCAGCAGGCCAAGGCGUCAUCUGUCCUCGCCGUCGAGCCUGACACGGCUGCUUGUCUGUGGAAGAGCCUCGAGAAGGGCAAGCUUACUUCUGUGCCCACUACGUCGACAAUCAUGGCUGGCCUCAACUGCGGCGCUCCGUCGGUCAUUGCAUGGGAUGUCCUGAAGAGUGGCGUCGAUGCCAGCCUGACAGUCUCCGACUACGAGGCCCACCAAGCUGCACUCUACCUCCAGGCCCAGGGCGUCGCCGCGGGCCCGUGUGGCUCCUCUACCCUGGCUGCGCUCCGCCGCCUGACUGCCGCCGACAAGUCUGCGCUCGGACUCGGUGAAGAGUCUACAGUUGUCAUCUUCUGUACUGAGGGCGCGAGGCAGUAUGAUGCUCCCCAUGACGUAUCCAGCGACGAUCCCGCUAUCCUGACGCGGACCCUGGUUCAGAUUGACUCUACCAGCCCCAGUCUCGGGUCUGUCCCCGGUUCUGGAGAGACAAGGAUGGCCGAGUACGUCUCCGCCUGGUUGGAGCAUCGCCACCUGGAGACCCACUGGGUUGAGCCUACCGAGGGCCAGCCGUCCGUCGUGAAGGUCGCCCGUGGCACAGGCGAAGGGAAAUCCCACAUGUUCGACGGAUUCAUCGACACCGUUACUCUCCAGGGAUACGACGGUGACCCUCUCGACGGCAAGGUCGUACAUGGCCGUCACCAUAGUCGCGGUGCUGCAGAUGUAAAGGCUGGGCUUGCCGCGAUGAUGGGAGCCCUAUCUUCAGCCGAGACGCUCAACCUGUGA